AUGCUUUAAAAAAACCUAUUCAAAUUUUUACUCUUUUUUACUUUAAUACUUUAGCUUUAUUGCUAAGCUCCUUAAAAUUGGAUUUAUUCACCAUAGUAUAGCUAUAUAAUUAAAUCUUAAAGCCAGCAAAGUGAGUUCUCUAAAAUCUUAGUAAGCUCUUAAACGGGCUUACUCUUUAUUUCUCAAGGUGACAAUGGUGUAUUGGUUGCUGAUCCAACUUAAGCAUUCGCUGGAAUUGCGACUUUGUCAACUUCAGAUAACAUUAUUGGAUUUGCUAUUACUUAGGACGCGAACUAUAUCUUCUUGAGUCAUUAGUAGAAGUUCACCAUUUAUAACUUUGUUAACUAGUAGACCUUUGUCUAAAUGGGAUAGGAUACUGAAUAGCUUUUUAUUGUUGAUAUCAUUCUCAAUCCUAAAGAAGACACUGCUUACAUAUUCUUGAUUGACGGAAACGUUAGAAUUCUUGAUAUCUCGAACAAAAAUUCUCUAACAUAAAUAGGAAACUUAUAGUGGUAGAAUUUCCAAAUCUACGCAGGAUUAUUGACUCCAGAUGAAAAGUUUCUUCUUUUGAGUUAAGACACUCAUGGCCUUGGUAUUUUUGCGCUAACUAAAACUCCUGGAUCAGUCACAGGUACUCUAGUAGGAUCCUUUCCAGGUAUAACUUAAGGAUAUUCUCAUAGAGUGAUUCUUACUCCUGAUUUGAAGUACCUCAUCAACUUAGAUCAAAGAAAUGGACUCAGUUUUGCUGAUUUUACAUAAAUCACUUCUUCUAACCCAGCAAAUUAUCCUAUCACCUUCAAUUACUAUCUUAAUUAGUGGUGGCCUUCAAAUUUGGUCAUUCCCUCUCCUUACUCUUUUGCCAUGUCGCCUGAUGGUAACUUUCUCUUUUUAGGUGUAAGGUCAAUAGGUAUCUAUACUAUUGAUAUUUCUAAUAGAAAUAGUCCAAAUACUUAUAUGUGGUCAUAUUUCCCUUUUCAUGGAAAUUCUAUAGCUUUGUCAUAAACAGGUAAUUACCUCUAUUUUUCAAACGCAGUUUCUGUCAUGAUUUUCAGAAGGAUGGCUCCUAUUUUAGGUCAAAAAUAUGUCAAUUUGUAUAAUGGAAUUCACUCAAUAGGAUUUGACUAAUCCAAUACUAAAUUUUAUUGGAGAUGUGAUUACGACACAACUAGAUCGACUUAUAUAGGAGCAUUUGAUACUGAUGGCCUCUGGUUUAUUGAUGUAAGCGAUCCUACUUAAUUCUAAGCCGUUAAGAAAUAGUAUAAACCUCCUGGCUAAAGUGCUACCAUUGAUGUUUUCUACACUAAAAAUAACUAUUAAAUUAUGAUGGUUGCUAUUAAUGAUGGGGUCAACUUCAUGGCUGUUCUUGAUGUCUCUAACUACGCUAAUAUACAAAUCAUUCAAAAGGUUCCACUAGGAUAGCCUUUUCCUGGUUAUAUUAAAGAUGUUGAUAAUAAUAACGAAGAUACAUUGCUAGUUUGCUCUCUAGAUAGAACUAUUGCCUUCGUUGACACAACAACACUGGGAAGCUACUUUGUUAUUGCAACCUGGAAUUUCUUGCCAUUCAUGAAAGGAUUCACUACUGGUGUUAUGUUAUCAACUGAUGAGAAAUACUUUAUAGGAGCUUGCAGAGGGUAUGGAUACUAUGUUUUAGAUAUUUCGAAUCUCUAUAAUAUAAAAUAUGUUAAUUUCUUUGACUCAACCGGAGCUGAAUAGGUCUACAAAUCGUUAAUCUACAUGAAUUACUAUUUAGUAGAUGGACUUGGUGGCAUAUAUAUCAUGGAUCAAAAGAAGCUACCUUAAUUUGUUGCUUUUUCUCAAUUGACUGUUGAUGGAUGGACAAAUGACGUUACUUACCUAAAAAAUGAAAAAACUGUAAUCAUUUCUACUCUUUAACAGGGAAUGAUUUAUUUGCUUGAUAUAUCAGAUGUUACUAAUCCAUUUAUUGUUUCUAGCUUCUAAAACGGGAGUCAAAAUGGUUUAUUCACAUGUGUUAAAUAAGAUUUCACAACCCUUUUUAUUAACAAUAACAUAUAAAUGAGAUCUUUUCCCUUAACUAUCAAUGCAUAUCUUCAUGCAGAUUUCCUUUAAGUCUUGGGAUAUACUAGCGAUGGAGAUAUGGAGUUUAGCAUAAUCAAUGAUCCAGAUACCUUCAAAUUUUAAGUUGGCUAAACUAUAAAGAUAAAUACAUGCUACCUUUAUCAAAAUCUUGAUUUACAAGUAGCUAGUGUUACCUUGUAUUAGAAAUAAAUUGGAUAGGCACUUCCUUACUGGAUUUCAUAUAAUCCAGUAGAAAUAUCUUUAACCAUCACAAUACAAAAAGAAGCGGUAGACCCUACAAAUUUGGACUCUCCACUGCUAAAUACUUUUCUAUUUACGAGCUUGACACCUCUUUAUGUAAGCAGUUUCAUAUACACGAUUGGAAGUUGUUAAACUAAUGCUGUUCAAGCUAAAUCUAUAUUUGCAUAACUUUAGUACUAAGGUACUAUUAAUGAAUAGAAUUUAGUCUCACCAUCAUUAUAUUAUGAUGACUAUGAAUAAAUAAUUUUAACCGAUACUACUAAUUUUCCAAAUGGUAGUGCAGCACAGUAAGCAUAUAAUCUUUGUUUGAGCAACAAUAUUAAAUAUACUUUAUUGAAUUCAAUUCAAUUUACUCCUAUCUACAUGAGUAUCUAUCCUUCUCUUACAUUGACACUAGAUGGAAGCACUCAAGAUUACAUCUAAACAUAAGCUCAAUCAGUGAAUAUAAAAAUUGAAAUUCCUAAACUGAAAGCAAGAUUUAUUUUCACUGAUCAAGUUUCUGUAAAUAUUUCUGUAAAUGACGAAUUAAACAUAAUUAGUAUCACAGGUUUAACAUCAAAUGUUAAUCAAUUUUUAAAGAGCUAAAUAAUUAUCUAUCCCGUACCUCCACUAAAAUAUUCAGAAGUAGUGGCAACGGUGACUAUUUCAGACUCUAUUAACUAUCCUUAUACUAAAGUGGCUUCUGCAUCUCAAUUCCCUUUCCUCGUGUAAAAGAAGAAUAUAUAAACCAAUCCUAAAAAGACUCUUCAAAGCCAAUUCAGCGACAACAUACUUAUUUUAACUGAAUUCUCGUUUACUAUAGACCCAUAAACCUUCAUAGUGCCAGAUUUCAAUACAACCAUUGCAUAUAAGGUUCUUGUGUAGGAAGCUGGUAAAUUUGUGCCUUUCGAUAACACGCAAUGGCUCUAAUAUAGCAGUGAUGGGCAAAAGUUUUUUGGUAAUCCACCUUAAACUGAGUUCUAAAAAAGUACAACAGUCUAAGUGACUGCAUCUGAUGGGUUUACCUAAAUAUCUGAUACUUUUACUGUGCAUGUUAAUCAACUUCCUCCAUUAUUCGUAAUAUAGUGGAUAGCUACGAUUUUAGGCCCUAUCAGUGGAGUACUUGGUGCUUAUAAAUUUAGAAAUGUAAUCUAUAACAUACUAUAUAAGAAAAAGAACAGAUAUAGUACAGUUAUAUGUAAACCAAAUGAACCCUUUAUGCUAAAAAUACCUUUAAUAUUUCAUGAGUAAAAAGCUUGUUUCUAAAUUAUUACUAGUUUACUCAAAAUUUUAUCUCAUAAAAAAAUUACCUAUGAGAGUAUAGCUGCUAAUUAAAUAGAUGACUUUGAAAAACAAUAGCUUACUUCAGAUAAUAAUCAAAUAUCAAAGCAAGAAUAGAUUAUUAGACAGUAAAGUGCUAUACCUGCAAGUGUUGCUUAUAAAGAAAAUGACAUUUAUUCAGUUACCCAUUUUAUUAGGAAAAAACUUUAAAAAAUGAAAGGUUCAUCAAAAUAAUCACUAAUUGAAAAAUUUUAUUUGAAACAAACAGGAGAGUUUAAUUAAAAAAUAUUUUAAGAAGAUAUCUAGCAAUACGAUAUCAAAUUUAAUUUAAAUGGUACUUAAACCUCUACUAAAACACUCAAAGAAGAAUUUGAUGAAGUUAAUAGCACAUUAAGCACAAUUUUAAGAAUGCAGGUAUCUAAAAUGCUAUUGAGCUUUGACCCUAAAAGUUUAGAAGUCUAUGGAUUCUUCAAGACCUAUUCUUUGAUAUUAAAUCCAUAGUUGCAUGAAACCGAUUGGUAUAAAUAUUAUCUUUCUUUAGAGUCCACUGAAGAUUUAGAUAAAUAAGGUCGUGUUUUUACAUUUCCAAAUGUCAAAGUUAAAUUUUAAUAAUUCUUUGAGCCACUUUUGAAACUUCACAUAAUAGAUUAAUAAUCUAUUCAAGACUAUGUUUCAGAAGAAGAAAUGAAUACUUUAGUUAAAAAGAAAUUGUAUUAUAACAUUUAUCAAUAAAAUAUUAAUUUACAUUUGAUAGAGUUAGCUCUGUAAGCAGAUGCUUUAGGAAUUUCAGAAAAACCAGUAAGUUCUUUAUUCCCUUCAAAAGGUGAAUCGCUACAUAUAGAGGCUCAUGAAAUAGCUAGUUUAAUAGCACUUAGAUAUGCACCAGGAGAGUCAUGCUUAGCACUACAAAAGAUGUUAGGAGCUGACUAUAAACCAUAUGGACCUAAAGGAAAUAUGUAACUUCCUAGUUGGCUGGUCUUAGAUAUGUAAGCAGGUAUAAUUAUUAUGAAAGGAACUCCUGAAUUACAAAAUGUUGAAGAUGUCUUGAUACAAAUAAAUACAAGCGUAGGUUACAUUAUUAGAGAAUUUGUUCUUAGAGUGGAAGAAGACUAAUUUGAGGUAUAGAGAGCUAGAGAAUAAUCUAUAGUGAAAAAAGAGAAUUCUAAAAGAGGUGAAAGAAAAAAGAGAGAUUCAUAAGGAAAUAAUGAUUCUCAAGUAGAUUCAUAAGAAGACCUAUUUAAAAAUGGGUAUCCUUACAAUGAAUCAAAAAAUCCAAGACCCAGUAUGUUCUAAAAAUCUCCAGGAAUGUAUUCUGACUCACCUACUAUGGCAAGAACAGGUUAGGAUCAAAUUAAGCAAACAAGCUAAGAAAAUAAGAAAAAAGAAGAUGAAGAUCUAAUGAAAGAAUUACAGUAAUUAGUUUUAUGA